AUGGGUUAUUUCGGUUGUUUCGGGGUGAGGAAGAAAGGGAAGGAAUUAAAGGUGAAGGACGAGGAGGUCAGAAGCGUUGAGGACAAUCGGAAGCCUGCAGGAAAAAUUCCUGCAUCAUCUUCUGAAGUUAAUGUACGUUCAAAAUUCAACAUAGAAUCAAGACUAGGAUCAUCAUGCCCAAAAGACAAGUCAAAUAAUCCUGGCCAGUCUCCGACAUUCACCUAUCGAGAGCUUGCGACCGCAACUAAUAACUUUAGGGAUGAAAGCUUCAUUGGACAGGGUGGAUUUGGCGAUGUGUACAAGGGAAAGUUAGAAAGGAAUGGUCAGCUUGUAGCUAUUAAGAAACUUGACCAUUCAGGUCUCCAAGGGGACUCGGAGUUUCUAGUGGAGGUUCUCAUGCUCUCUCUUAUGCGUCAUCCUAACCUCGUCACUUUGUAUGGUUACUGUGCUGAAGGGAACCAGCGUCUUCUUGUAUAUGAAUAUAUGCCCUUAGGAUCCUUGGAAGAUCACCUCCAUGAUCUUCCUCCAGAAAAGGAGCCUUUAGACUGGAACACAAGGAUGAUGAUAGCUGCUGGUGCAGCCAAAGGACUGGAAUUUCUGCACCAUCAAGCAGACCCUCCUGUUAUAUUCAGGGACUUGAAAUCAUCCAACAUAUUAUUGGGUGAGGGAUUCCACCCAAAACUUUCUGACUUUGGGCUUGCAAAAUUUGGUCCAAGUGGUGAUAAGUCGCAUGUCUCCACCAGGGUUAUGGGCACCCAAGGUUACUGUGCCCCUGAAUAUGCUACAAGUGGAAAAUUGACAAUGAAAUCUGACAUCUACAGUUUCGGGGUCGUUUUGUUGGAGCUGAUUACUGGACGUAAAGCACUGGAUGACGGCCAUGGUCAUGAUAGACAUCUUGUUGAAUGGGCACGUCCUUCAUUGAAAGACCGUACGAAAGUUGUGCAAUUAGCAGAUCCAGUGCUGAGAGGUCAGUUCUCAGAAUCUGUCUUGAAGAAGGCUGUAGAUGUGGCAAUCUUGUGCCUCCAAGAAAACGCCAAUAAUCGGCCUUCAAUGCAGGAUGUGGUGGCUGCUAUGAACUACCUUGCGUCCUGCAGGUAUUGCCCCAAUAAGGCUAACAAGGUUGCCAUUAAGCCCACUGAAGAUAACUCACCAAAUGAAACAAAGAUGUUAGACAGAGACCAAGCUGUUGCAGAGGCCAAAAUGUGGGGAGAGAGUUGGAGAGAAAAGCAACGACAAAGCACACAUACUGCUGCUGCUGAUGGCUUAUAUACACAUAGUUGACUAUUUACUGA